AUGCCCUUCCAGUUGGCGGGUCAAGGACUGAUAGCGCGACGCCUCGCGCAGUCCCAGUACAGCCAAGCGACGCUUUCAAAGUCUGGAGCCCGGUUGUCCUGGAAAACCCUCUCGCUAUGGCAGCCGUGCUUCGCAGCUGGUCACCGCGGGCAGCGCCGUGGCCUCCGGCAGGGCACCCGUGGCACAGGGCACGGAAUUGGUGGCGCCCCCACUCCAAAACAGCAAGGGCAAUUGGAAAAUUUUGUUGACUAUCUGCUGGAGUGCGGCAAACGGAUGAACUUGACGGCGGUGAAGACGCGCGAACGGGCCUUCGACGUCCUUGUGGAGGACUCAAUCGCCCUCCUCCCUGUGCUUGAGGAUGCAGUGAACAGCGUGGUGGCAGGGGGCAAGAUUCGCAUCAUGGACGUCGGAAGUGGCGCUGGAAUCCCCGGGGUCGUCUUGGCCAUCAUGAGGCCAGAAUGGCAGGUGGUACUGUUGGACUCUUCGCAGAAGCGAUGUGAUUUUGUCGGCUCUGCUUGCAAGCACUGCGCUAGGCAUCCACAAUAUUGUGGUGGUCAGGGCUCGAGCAGAAGACAUUGGGAGGACAACUGA